AUGGAGCUGCUGUGGCUGUACUCCACUUGUCAGUACCUCCUCUUCAUCGGAGUCAUCGGCUGCAGUGGCCGCUUGUGCCUGAGGGUGCGUAGGAGCAGUAAUAUAGCCGGCAUCUACCAGGGCAUCCAGCUGUCCAAGCCCUGGUCUGUGUCGGGCUGUCUGCGCCUCACCCUGGGUCUGGUGGGUGCUCUUGGUGGCGCUGUGGAGCUCCCAGUCACUGUUAUUCUAAACCAGCGUAAGCCCACAUGCAUGUACACGUGCAUCACCCUCGUCUGUGGACCCCUGCUAAUUCGGCACUUCACAAUGUUCCUGGUGAUGCUUCUGUCUCUGGAUGAUCAUCUGCUGCACGUUUUGGCUCAUAAAUACCCGGCCGUGGUGACCCGACGGCGUGCCCUGUGCGCGGUGCUGCUGAGCUGGGUGGCAUCCAUCUUGUCCUCCUUCGCCCAGUUCAUUGGCUCGGACGUCCUUCACACCUGGCGGGGCAGCGGAGGAUACGGGGGGCCGGAUGGCAUUGACACUGGGACAGCUGGUCUUGAAGUUGGAGACAAUUGGACCACGACUUUACCUCCAACUACCCAGUAUCCAAAACCCCAAAAUGUCAAAGUUAUCGGGAGGUUCUUGCCCUAUGGAGGUUUUCUGUCAAAAUUCUAUGUUGAAGAUAUCCACAAUUUCACAUACGCUCAGAUCCAUAGCAGCCACUGGGGGGUGUGCUCCGCUGACACCCUUUUAAGUCUGAACUUUUUAGUCUACGUCUAUGGCAUCACCGUCUUUCUGCUACCGUUGGUUUGCUUGCUAGGUAUCUAUUUGAAUCUUCUCUGCGUGAAACCAAAGGAAACGCCGGAAUUAGCCAAAAGCUCUUUCUCACAAUUGCGUUUCCUGGCCGUAUCAAUCUUCCUCCUUGUCAUUCUAUGCGCCCCCAUCCACAUCAUCCACUCCCUGGCGUUAUUCUCCCCCAAAACAAUUGUCCCGUCCUGGGUGCACAGAGCUGCGUCGUACCUCUUCCAGGCUUACAGUGUAGUGCCCCAAGUUCUUUUCACUCCUCCGAAGAAACAAGCAAACAGGGUUAUGGAGGCUUUCUCUCUCCCCUCACGUCCUCCCCUCCACCCCCCUCUCGCUCCUGUCGAUACGACCGGAGGCAAGGCAGCGCACAAGGCAGCGCUGUGUGGAGUGGUGCAGGCGGCUCAGUGGGCCUCAGCCAAAAACGCCCUCAAAGCUAAAGUCUGCCCCCAUGUGUGA